AUGCCCCUCAUAUCCUCCCCAGAAUGGGGAGACAUGCCCUUCGAGGCGACUCCGGAGGAAAUGAAGCAGCCGUUGUCAGAAUUGAUGGCGGAAGGGGAAGAAAGUGCUCUGCAGCGUGCAGCAGGGAUGGCUGCAUGGCCAGGGGUAUUGGGGACCGCCUCCCCUACCGGGGGAGAGCAGGCCCAGCUUAAGAAGGGGAAAGAAAGGUGGGGGAGAAAGAAAGGGAGCCCAACUCCCCUGGGGGCUUCCCCCGACCUUCCGACGCUCACCGGCCUGGCCCUCCAUUUGAAGGGGCUAAGCGAGCAGCAGGUGGCGGAUCAGUUUGCCCAACACAGGGAGGCCCAUCGGCUGGCGGCUCCGCCACGUGUCAAAAUCCUUUCCGGACAGCAGUUGUCCUACCAAUUCCUUGCAAGCAAUAUCCCCGGGCUCAACCAGAUUGUAAAUGAGGGACCUCGCACUCUCCGGAUUUCAAAGGGGAACCCCAUGGCACGAAUCACGGGGUUGACGCAGGGGGGUUGA